GAUGCGCGGCUCGAGCUGUACAAAGUAAAUUUGGCAGAGCUAGAAAUAGCGGCGUUGCCCACUCAGGAAGUAGUAAUGACGAUCGAUUAUUUUUACGAGCCAACCCUGACAAGUAGAAAAGGCGUUAGGGCUAACCUGCGAACGUUCUUUUUUUUACCUGGUCGUGCGAAUAGUUUCUCCGGGCCGUGUUAUGCCUGACUGACUAAAUCAUAAAUAGCAGCGAGGCGCGUUAAUAUUCUCUAGUUCACCAUGGAUUACCGCAGCGCGAGGACUUUCGCGUUUUUCCUGAUCGCCUUGACGUCGUGCGGAGAUGUCCGUCCUCGGUCGCGAGCCGAAAACUACGACGCGAGAAAGAUCGCUAGCUACAUUAAUAAAUUCCCAUUCAAGUACGAAUCUCCUUUAUCCAGCACCAAGUACACAGAGAGGAUAGCGGGCGGAAGUUACGCGAACGAAGGUCAAUUUCCGUUUAUGGCCGUCGUACAUCGGUUGAUCGACGGCAGGAGGGUGGCACAAUGCGGCGGCACCAUCAUAUCGGAAAGAUGGGUUCUGACUGCGGGCCAUUGCGUCGCGAAGCGCCCGAGACGGUUCUUCGUGAUAUUCGGGAUCGUUGACAAAACCGGGAUCGGUUACGACGUCAAUAAGGGGCCCGGAGUUGCGAUGAUAACAACGUCGGCCUUGGUGCACCCCAACCACUUCUUCAGCAGGAACGACAUUGGAUUGUUGCAUAUGCCACGAGAUAUUCCAUUUUCAGACAAAAUUCAACCGAUACAUUUGGCCGGUCCGAAGGAGAUGAAAGUCAUGACCAAUGCUACCGCUUACGUGGUCGGUUGGGGUCGUGAUGGUUACGGUUUCACGGGUACCAAAAGACUGAAGUAUGCCUUAAUGCCAUUGAUCUCGAAACGAAAGUGCACCGCGUAUUGGCGAGUGGACUACAGAAAUAUAUGCACAAUACCAGGACUCGGGAAAAACGCCUGUCAGGGCGAUAGUGGAGGACCUCUGUUUAUUAUGAGGAACGAUCAACCACUGCAAAUUGGCAUCGUGAGCUACGGAGACGCGCAUUGUCCGAGUGGUAAACCCGGAGUAUAUACUAGAGUAGCAGCGUUUGCAGAAUGGAUACAAGAUGUCACUGGAGUAGAAUUGUAG